AUGGAAGUUGGAAUCAUCGGAUCGGGUAUCAUUGGUCUUCUGUCGGCAUUGACCCUCACCGACGCUGGCUACAAGGUGACGAUAGUUGCCCGUGAUCUCCCGGGUGAUGAGACACAGGACUGGGCAAGCCCUUGGGCCGGAGUAUCGAUCUACCCCCACCCAGACGUUGGCGGCCACUCUCUCCAGACAGAAAAUUUCAAAUACUUCUGGGCCCUAGCUCAUAGAGACCCGACAAGUGGCGUUCAGGUCGUCAAAGCAACUGAAUACUACGACGAUCGCGAGGAUGACUCAAGUAUCUGGUACAAGACAAUGGUCCCACGCUAUCGUCUAAUCCUCAAGGAAAAGCUUCCCAAGGGCGCCAAGCUUGGCUUCACAUACACCUCCAUGACAAUUAACCCUGAAUUCUAUCUGCCUUGGGUUCAAAAGCAGCUAGAGGCACGUGGGGUGAAGUUCAUUCGGAAAGAGUUGAAGUCUAUCGAGGAAGCAAAGAAGAUCACCGGUGCUAAGUUCAUUGUCCAUGCAUCAGGACUCGGGGCAUUUGAUCUCGCUAAUGACAAGAACGUGGAAGGGAUACGUGGGCAGACAAUGUUUGUCAAGACGAAUUUUGAAGAGUUAAAGAUGCACCAGGGCUCGCAUUACACUUACGUGAUCCCUCGGAUGUUUACUAACGGUGCAAUCAUCGGAGGCGUGAGCCAGCCGGGUAAUCUAGACCGCAAUGUGGACCAAAAUCUACGUGCGGAUAUUCUCCAGCGUGUGAAGACACUUACUAAUGGAGAAAUUGGUCCUGUCGAUUUGGAAAAGAGCGUCAAGAAGGAUAUUGUAGCCUUCCGUCCCGGUCGGAAGGGAGGAUAUCGCCUAGAGGCUGAGGGCAAUACAGUACAUGCUUACGGAUUUGCGGGCCUGGGGUACAUUUUCAGCUACGGAGUGGCAUUGAAGGUUCGAGAGCUUGUGGAUUCUGUUAUAAAUAAGGGUAAAAGCCCGAGAAGCCGUCUCUGA